UUACAUUUGCUCGAGCUCAGACCGCAGACCGGCUGUCCCAAGCUGAGCUCAUCUCACUCGCUCUUCAAGCACCUUGCCCGUGUGCCAUUGGCCACCUGCUUUGCAGCCACGCAGCAACGAAAACGGAACAGAAGAACGAAAGAUUAUUUCCUCUGACUAGAAACGACUAUUUAUUUUUUCAUUCAACGAGUAUAGCUAUAUAAAAAACAAUUUCGCACGAGAGUCGAUUUUCCAACGGAGAGCACUGACAAGCAUUUGCGCGCAGCAACCUGCAGGCUUUGUUGUUGUUACCGGGGCAAGGAGGGGAGCGCUAGGCGACGGGUCUAAUUAUUAAACUGGGCUCCCCCUCAACGGAGCCACUUGCAUGGAUACAUCAUGGCCACGUUUGUUUGCAGGGUUCAGUUUUUAGAUGACACCGAUCCAUUUAACAGCACCAAUUUCCCGGAGCCGACAAGACCCCCGGUGUAUACUUUUAGAGAAGAUAUCCCACUUAUCAAUCAGAUUGCAGGCGUCCACCGGCUUCUCAAAGCACCUCACAAGCUUGAUGACUGUGCACUGCAGCUGUCUCACAAUGGGACCUACCUGGACCUGGAGUCUUCUCUGGCUGAACAGAGGGAUGAACUGGAGGGCUUCCAGGAAGACACAGGGACCAGAGGGAAAAAGCACAGUGUUGUUCUACGCACCCAGCUGACCGUCCGUGUACAUGCCUGUAUCGAAAAACUCUACAAUUCAAAUGGACGUGACUUAAGGAGGGCACUGUUUUCUCUGAAGCAGAUAUUUCAGGAUGAUAAGGACCUGGUUCACGAGUUUGUAGUGGCCGAGGGUCUGACAUGUCUAAUAAAGGUCGGAGCAGAGGCAGACCAGAACUACCAGAACUACAUUCUCAGGGCUCUGGGACAAAUCAUGCUGUAUGUGGAUGGGAUGCAUGGGGUCAUAGGUCACGCUGAGACCAUCCAGUGGCUGUACACUCUCAUCGGAUCAAAGUUCCGACUGGUGGUGAAGACUGCUCUGAAGCUGUUGCUGGUGUUCGUGGAGUACUCAGAGUCCAACGCCGCACUGCUCUUACAGGCCAUCACUGCUGUGGACACCAAGAGAGGCUGUAAGCAGUGGGCCAAUGCCAUGGAGAUCUUGGAUGAGAAGGAUGGAGUGGACACAGAGCUGCUGGUCUAUGCCAUGACCCUCAUCAAUAAGACCCUGGGUGAGCUGCCAGACCAGGACUCCUUCUAUGACAUGGUGGACUGUCUGGAGGAGCAGGGGAUGGAGGUGGUGACCAGCAGACACCUGGGAAGGAAAGGCACUGACCUGGACCUGGUGGAGCAGCUCAACAUCUACGAGGCGACCUUACGUCACGAGGAUGGAGAUGACGACAGCAAGCUCCCUCCAAUGGGACGUAAGGACUGCCGGCGAGCCAGCCUUGGGGGUGGAGACAAGAGGAGGGGCCUAGAGAGGAGGCGGAGCCGCAGACACUCUCUGGGGCGGUCGGGGAACGCCUCCCCCUGCAGCCCUGCGUCACCAAGGAGAAGCUUCCAGCCCUUCACCGGACAGAGAGCGGAGGAUAUGAGUGAGAGAGAGGAGGAAUAUGAGGAGGAAGAGGAGGCAGAGGAAGAUGAACCUCCAAUCACAGAGUCUGAUUCUGAUGAGAAGGAGGGGGCAGAUAAAGGGUCUAGUCAGACCAGGCCCAGCCAAUCAGUUACAAACCACACACCCAGUAUUUACAGAACACACCUUCAGUCCAGCACCGUUGCUCUGGGAAAAGACAAAUUGGGGAAAGUAAGAGAGGAAGAGGAGAAUAAGAAGACGAGGAGGCCCCCACCACCACCUCCGCCACCACCUCCGCCACCACCAAUACCUCCAUCGCUGGCACACCACGUUCCUGCUCCCUCCCUCCCCGCCCCCACCAUCCCUGCCCCCUCCCCCCCUGCCCUACCUAUUCCUGCCCCCUCACCUGCCACCCCCCCCAAGCCUCCCCUCCAGCCCUCUCUUCUGGCGACCCUCAUGGCGAGGAAGAAGUCGAUUGUGACCGUUCCUGCCACUUUGGAAGUCAGUCCACCCUCGAGAGGCAUGUCGCGAAACUCCCCAGAUCGCCUCCCCUACCUCCCCCAAUCGCCCUUUCACCUGUUCUCCUACGACUUGGACGAGGAGCGCACGCCUCCAGCUCUACCCAAACAGAAGGAGGACUCAGAGACAGCUGUCAGAAACGGAGGUCAGAAGUCUUAUUCAUCCACCUCUGCCUCAAACUCCAGGCCUGCCCUGGGAGGUCUCCUCUCCUCCUCGUACAAGCAGCAUCAGGAGUCUCUGGCGGUCGAGAGAGAGCGCCGCCGUGUAGAGAGAGAGGAGCGGCUGCAGAGGAUAGAGAGGGAGGAGAGGAACAAACACAGUCGAGACUAUGUUGACAAAAUGGAGGAGGCCAGGCAUGCCCGAGAGGAGAGGUAUAAGAACUUGGAGAGGCUUGCUGCAGAGGAGUUUGAGAGGGAUCAUGUGCGGGUGCCGCGAACUCGACCUGACCUCAGCCUGACCUUUGAACCCUCGGAGGCUUGGCCGUCCUCAUCCAGGAGCAGCACCCCAUCCUCCUUUGCCUCGCAAGAGGAGCAGGAGCAAGACCUGGAACCUGAGACUGAGACCCCCGUCACUCCCUACACCCCCUCCGAAUCAGGAGAGGCGGAGGGGGAGGACUCCAGCGCUAGUCCCGACCCGGAGGAGAAGGAGACCCAACCUGCUGGUCCUGAGGAGGAAGAGACGGAACACAAAGAAGAAGGAGAAGGAGAAGGAGAGGGGGGAAAGGAGGUAGAGAAACAAGAAGAGGAGGUGAAGGACGGAACUGAGGCAGGGAAGGAGGAAGAGGAGGCACUAGAGGAGAAGGAACCGGAGCCAGAGAAAGAGAGGGAGGAGGAGGACAGUGGGAUCCUGAGCGACAAGGAGAGACAGAAUGAAGAGGUGAACGAGAAGGACAACUGCUCUGCCUCCAGCAUCUCCUCGGCCAGCAGCACCUUGGAGAGAGAGGAGAGAGGCAGCAGUGAGAAUGGUCAGUGGACUCAGAGUGUUAAGGAGGUGGACGUGAAUGAGCAGUGCAGCAAGAUCCUCAACAGUAAGCUCUUCAUGCUGGACAUGCUGUACUCCCAGAGUAAGAAACCCAGCGACGAGGAGGAGGAGGCGGACGAGGAGAGGGAUAAGGGGAAGGAGAAAGAAGUGGAAGGGGAGGAUGCCAACCAGCAGUCUGACGGACAAGCAAGCGAGAAUGGCCCCCCGAAAUCUCCCCCCUCCACAGACAGUGCAACAGACAAGGGUGAGCACCAGAGCAACAUACGUGCGUUCGCCGAGCGCUUCGGGGACCUGGUGAAGGGUCUGGGUGUGCCCCACCCCCACACGGAGACCCCUGCCAACGAGCCCUCACCGCCCCCCCCCUCCUCCACCGCGCCCCCCAAGAAGGAGUCGGACACCAUCUGGGACCAGCUGCUCGCCAGCCCGCGGGAGCUGCGCAUCGGCGACAUCGACUUCACCGACCUGAAGGAGGAGGACGACAGGGACAUCCUGGACGCAGGCCUCCUGGGGGGGUCCAGUGACCUGUCCAUGCCUCCGCCCCCACCGCCCCCCUUCGCCAGCUAUUCCGCCCGUGUGCCCCCUCCCCCCCCACUGUUCGGCUGCCCCCCACCCCCUCCAGCGCUGGGAGGAGGGGGGCCCCCUCCGCCCCCCUGCUUUCCCUCGCCGUCAGCCCUGGCCCCCCCUCCCUCCGAGCCCCCUCUCUUCCAGAAGAAGAAGAAAACCAUCAGGCUGUUCUGGAGCGAGGUGCGUCCCUCGGACUGGCAGGACAGGGACCACAAGCGCAGCGGAGAGUCCGUCUGGUCACACCUGGACUCGGUGAAACUAGACACGUCUAAACUAGAACACCUCUUCGAGUCUAAGUCCAAGGAGAUAACCGUCACUAAGAAAACAGCUGCGGAUGGUAAGCGUCAGGAAGUCAUAGUGCUGGAUUCGAAGAGGAGCAACGCCAUCAACAUCGGGCUGACUGUCCUGCCUCCACCUCGUACCAUCAAGACGGCCAUCCUCAACUUUGACGAGUACGCGCUCACCAAGGAGGGCAUAGAGAAAAUCCUCACCAUGAUCCCCACCGAAGAGGAGAAGCAGAAGAUCCAGGAGGCCCAGCUGGCCAGCCCCGAUGUUCCCUUGGGCUCAGCCGAGCAGUUCCUCCUCGUCCUCUCCUCCAUCUCAGAGCUCUCCGCUCGCCUGCAGCUCUGGGCCUUCAAGAUGGACUAUGAGGUCACGGAGAAGGAAGUGGCAGAGCCUCUCCAGGAUCUGAAGGAGGGGAUGGAGCAGCUGGAGAAGAAUAAGACGCUUCGCUACAUCCUCUCCACCCUGCUCGCUAUGGGCAACUUCCUCAACGGAACCAAUGUCAAAGGCUUCGAGCUGAGCUACCUGGAGAAGGUUCCUGAGGUGAAGGACACGGUCCAUAAACAGUCUCUGCUGCACCACGCCUGCACUGUGGUGGUGGAGAACUUCCCUCAGAGCACAGACCUGUACUCGGAGAUAGGAGCCAUCACCCGCUCUGCUAAAGUGGACUUUGAUCAGCUCCAGGAGAACCUGAUUCAGAUGGAACGGCGCUGCAAAGCAUCCUGGGAUCAUCUGAAAGUCAUCGCCAAGCACGAGAUGAAGCCCACGCUCAAACAGAAGAUGUCCGACUUCCUCAAAGACUGUGCCGAGAGGAUCAUCAUCCUGAAGAUAGUUCAUCGCCGGAUCAUGAACAGGUUUCAUGCGUUCCUCUUAUUCCUGGGCCAUCCAGCCUAUGGUGUGAGAGAAAUCAGCGUACACAGGUUCAGUAAGAUUCUCAGUGAGUUUGCUCUGGAAUAUCGGACCACCAGAGACAGGGUGCUGCAACAGAAACAGAAACGGGCCGACCAUCGAGAACGCAACAAGACCCGGGGCAAGAUGAUCAUAGACGUCAACGCUCCAUCUGAUGAUGAAGAGGAGAGUGAGUGUGGUGGGAAGUAUGCCCCAGGCAGUGGCAACAGUAGUGCCCCCGGUGGUGGUCAGGAGAGCCAGCAACCUCAAGGUCUGGGUCAUGCUGAGGAUGCAGCAGAGCAUGAGAACAUGAAGGCAGUACUGAAGACCAGCCUGCAGAGUGGGGAUAGUGAGGCUACAGGCGUGUCGGGGCUACGCACACGGACCAGAUCACGUCCUGGCCGGGGAGGUCGCACGAUGCAAGCGUGGACCCCACCCACCGAGGACUCUCAGAUCACCGGGGAUGAUGCGGCGGAUGAGAUCAUGGAGCGUAUCGUGAGAUCAGCCACUCAGGGCCCGGGUCAGAGGUCACAGCCCCGGGAGAGGAGGAGGUCACGAGCCAACCGCAAGUCACUGAGGAGGACUCUGAAGAGCGGUCUGACUCCUGAGGAGGCCCUGGCUUUGGGACUGUCCGAUGCCUUGGAGAUGCAAGUGUGACAUCUCUUUCCCAGAAGGUCACCCUAUGACAUAACAUAGGAAUGGUCAUGGAAGUACACCUCUCCAAGCCCUCUGGGGCAUCCUUGUCACACCGCUGCCUUCAUCUCCCUCCCCGGAACCCCAGGCAGCAAAUCAGUCUCCUCGUAGAAGUCCUUUGUUGCUGGUAUAGCAAAUCAUACGAGUGCUUGUGUCUGGUUGAUGAUGCUGUCAUUGUUGUGGUGUUUUUUUUUUCAGUUAGGGGGAUGCUACAUCAAUUGUUAAUACCCCAUCAGGAAAAGAGGUUGGGCAAAAUAAAUGAAAGAAGAGUAUUAUCGAGAGAAAAAAGGGAGUGUUGAAUUGUAAGGCCAAGGGUCAAAACAACUGAAACAGGAUUUGUGAUUGUGUUUAAACUAAAGGUUUGUUCGCGCAAGUAUACUGCCUCAAGGAUUGUUUAAAAAGUAUUUAUACAAGUUUCUGUUUAAACUGAAUGUUACCAUCGAAUAUACAAAAAGGGACACUGCUUGAUGAGGGGAUGUGUUAAACAUUGCAAAAUUAUUUUCUGUUGACAAAAGCUGUGAUGUGUUUUUUUACAAACCUGUCUCUCCAGUCAUGAUGAUAACCUCCAGUGUAGGAAGACCUGUCAUGAUGCCUAGCAGUGGAGGGUCAUUAUGGAGGGCUAUGGCUAUCUAUUACUGAUUGGAUCCGUGAACCAAACAAGUACUGUAUAAAGGGAUCCACCAGCUUGGCCCAGUCUCCUUUCAGACGCAAUACCAACAGUCUCAAGAGGCUUCACAUGGAAGUAGUACUGUGUCUGAUCAUGUCUCAGUUCUAAACAUAGAAUUGGCUCCUUUUACAUCUUUUGGUUAUGCUCAGUACGAAGAUAGAGCACCUUCCUUCUGUUGUGUGCCUUUCAUUUUCAAGAGACAGCAUAGUACUGUACCUGCCAUGUUUGUCAUCAACCUUUUUCAGCACACUACGACAUCACCAUCUAUGGUUACAGAAAGCAACUGCACUUCCGUUUGCCAAUCACAAAGCUAGUUUGCCAAUCACAGAGCUAAUCACUGUCAUUGUUUAUUGUGGUUAGGGCACACAACUUUAUUUUGGUAAAAUUGUAUUGUGUAUUUAUUGCACAUACACUCACAAAACGAACAUGAUGAAGAAAAUGUACCACACUUUCACUUAACUUUUACCUUACUUUUCACAUUCUCUAAAGCUUGAAACUCAACAAUUGAAAAAAGUACAAAAGGAACACAUUUGUAUGUGGAAUUGUUUAUAAACUGUAAAAAGAAGACAAAUAAACGUUUAAAUUGUAAAAAUUAAAAAGCUUUGAAGGAAAUGCAGAUUCUGUAAAAAAAAAAAGUUUUUGUAAAUGCCCUUACUAGCUUCGCAAUAAUUCUGUGUUUUAUGUUUCAUGUUUUGCAUUAUUUUUGUAAUUUCUGUAGAAUAGUGUAUUAUAGUCUGAAACCGGCAAUAAAGUAAGGCUAUUGAAGGCUGUGAAUUGUAAUUUAAAAAUAAAUACCUAAAGGCAAUCCAUGCUCAGCAUUGGUCGCUGAACACGUUGCUUUGUAUUGGAGGGGUUCUCACUUGACCCUGUUUCUUGUUUUGCUUUUGGUCAUGUGGUCAUGAUUUACUUUGAAAGGACUUUUAACCCACUUUGCCGAUUAUAUCUGUUCCACUCUUCUGCCUGUAGUUGCUGAACAACGCUUCUGGUCCUCCAUGUCAGUAGUAAGAAAUGUGUAAUUAACUUGAAACUCCCUGUACACAUAUUCUGCAAUAAAAACACCCAGUGAUACGUUUAA